AUGUCGAUUACAGCAGACGGCAUCUGGGCGGCCUCGCCGUCGACCACUCGAGGUCAAUCGACUCCCCUUAGUUCAAGCUCCGAUGGCCAGUCGAUAGCAUACGCCGCCAACAAAUCCAUCUUUGUCCGCAACAUCGACGACCCGAGUAUCGCAAGACAGUACACCGACCAUGUCACUCAAACCACCGUCGCUCGUUUCUCCCCUAGUGGCUUCUACGUAGCCAGUGGUGAUGUCUCCGGUACUGUACGUGUGUGGGACUGCAAGGGCGAGGGCGCCACCAAGGGCGAAUACCACAUCAUUGCUGGCCGUAUCAACGACAUUGCCUGGGACGGCGAUUCGCAGCGCAUCAUUGCUGUUGGAGACGGCAAAGAACGCUUCGGACACUGCAUCACGGCCGAUAGCGGUAACAGUGUGGGAGAGAUCUCGGGACACAGCUCUCAGAUCAACUCUGUAUCCAUCCGUCAGCAACGCCCUCUGCGUGCUGCCACUGGCUCCGACGACACCAGCCUGGUCUUUUACCACGGUGCCCCCUUCAAGUUCAACACCAGUCUUCGCGGAAAGCACGACAAGUUCAUCUACGGAACUGCAUUCAGCCCGGACGGUGCUUCUCUGGUCAGUGUCGGUAGCGACAGGCGCAUCUGGUUGUAUGAUGGCAAGACUGGCGAGGCCAAGAACCAGAUUGGCGAAGGCGAGCAUAAGGGCAGCAUCUUUGGCGUGUCAUGGGCCAAGGACUCGAAAAAGCUCGUUACCGCUAGUGCCGAUCAGACUGUCAAGAUCUGGGACGUCGAGGCUGCGAAAUGUGUCCAAACAUGGCGCAUGGGUGAAGAGGGUUCCGUAAGCAUUGCCAACCAACAAGUUGGUGUCACCUGGCCCAGUGGACGUAGUGAUGGUCUUGUCAUUAGUGUUGAUCUGGAUGGCAACCUCAAUUACUUGCAAGAAGGCAACGACAAGCCUGUCCGUGUCGUUCACGGUCACCAAAAGGCAAUCACUGCUGCUGGGUACACACCCGGAGACAAGACCCUUUGGACCGGAAGUUAUGAUGGCCGUGUACGUGCUUGGGACUUGUCUAGCGCAGAGGCCAAGAACGUCGAUGGCGAGGCGCCCAAGAACUAUGUCAGCGCUUUCGCACCAUCACAAAGCGAUGGCCGCAUUUACUCAGUCUCUUGGGAUGACACUCUGAGAACCAUUGACGCCUCUACACGUUCAUUCACCGGCUCUUCUAGCAAGACCGACGGUCAGCCCAAGAGCGUUGCCGUCGCUUCCUCGGUUUCGAAGCCUGUGACAUUGGUGGCCACCAACUCUGCCAUUACCCUCUACAAUGAUGGUGAACAGAUCGGAUCUCUGCCAGUCUCGUUCACACCCACCAGCAUUGCUGCCAAGGGCGAAAUCGUCGCAGUCGGCGCAGAGGACAAGAUCGUCCGCAUCUACACUCUUUCGGGCAACUCGCUCUCUGCUGCUGCCGAGAUCAAGGAUGCCACAGCUGCCAUUUCGACUCUUGCCUUCUCCUCUGCUUCAACGUGCCGUCUCGCCGUCGGUCUCAGCAAUGGCAAGAUUUAUGCAUACACCUCCUCCUCGCCGUCAGAAUGGACAUUGACCACUAACCGCUGGUCUGCCCACACUGCCCGCGUCACUUGCAUCACCUGGUCUCCCGAUGGCGAAAAGGCCGCCAGUGGUGGUCUCGACACAAACAUCUUCGUCUGGAGUCUCGCAGACCCAGGCAAGCGUGUAAAGGCCAUGAACGCCCACAAGGAUGGCGUGGGCGGUAUCGCAUGGACCGAACCAUCGAAGGUCAUCAGCUCUGGGGCUGACGCAGCAGUCAAGGUCUGGAAGGUAGAGAACGUGCAAUAG